CUUCAGCGGACUGGCGCUAGGGUGUACAAGUUCCUUACCUUACCGUGCCGCUGCUCUCCGUCAUGUGUGUAUCUACGUUUGCCCGGACCGUCAAGCAACAGUAGUGUCUGGUAUCUGCUACUGGAUUGUUAGUUACGAUCAGUGCCUAAUAUUUCAAAUUAAUUGGCAGGGCCCCCUCCAACCACCUUUUGAAUAGCUUCCAGUAAAAUGAGUUUAAUCAUUCGCAAUCUGCAGAAAAUCAUACCCCUCAGGCGCAUCCCACUUCGCAGAAGUAUAGAAACCCUUCAGAAGAUUUUGAAUGUGCAACAGUUUGAUCUGGCUGUUAUCUGUGUCAACAAUAAAAACAUUCAACUACUCAACAGCACCUACAGCCAAAAAAAUGUUCCCACUGAUGUGCUAUCCUUUCCCUUUUAUGAGAAUCUGAAAGCAGGUGAGCUGCCGCAGCCUAGUUUCCGAGAUGAAUAUAAUCUCGGUGACAUAUUCCUAGGAGUAGAAUAUAUCUAUCAGCAGUGCCAAGAAAAUGGAGAGGAUUACAACAACAUUCUUACUGUGACUGCAGCUCAUGGGCUAUGCCAUUUGCUGGGAUACCAGCACAACACAGAAGCAGAGUGGAAGCAGAUGUAUCAAAAGGAAAAACAAAUUCUUGAGGCGCUAAAUGGAAUCACUGGUACAAACCUCCAGCCUCUGACUAAAAACCUCUUCUGAUCACAUCACAAGAAAAAGGAAGAGGACCCAGAAAAAUAGAUCCUCAUUCUACCAAGCAGCAUGGAUACAAGUAACUUAAGUGUUAACAGUGAUUUGUUUAAAAUAUUUAUAUAAACUUCAUGUAGUGUCAGUAGCAUGCCUUACAUUGUAAUGCGUAAUAAAAUUCAGCCAAAGAGCUUAUCUUUCAAGCAGA